CAUUCAAAAUGGCGGCAACAGCGAGACAUGAACGAGAAAUGAGACAAAAAUGUCAGAAAAACUUCGACAAAACGAAAGACCCCGUUGAAAAGCUUCGGCUUGCUUGUUUAUCGAGAGGUUCAUCGGGUAUUAAAGGCCUUGGAAGGGUUUUCCGAAUUAUGGAUGACGAUGGUAAUAGGAAACUUGACUUUCAAGAGUUUAAGAAAGGACUGAAGGAUUAUGGACUCAUUCUAGAACCAAAGGAGGUAAAGAACAUAUUUUGUGCRUUUGACAAAGAUGGCAGUGGAACAAUAGACUUCGAUGAGUUUCUCAUUUCACUUCGACCACCAAUGAGCAAAGCAAGAAAAAGGGUCAUUGACGAAGCUUUCAAUAAACUGGAUAAAACAGGAGACGGACAAAUUACAAUAGACGACUUAAAAGGGGUUUACAAUGUCAAACACCAUCCAAAAUACAUCAAUGGUGAAUGGACUGAAGAACAGGUUUUCCGAAAAUUUUUAGACAGUUUCGAUUCGCCWGAUGACAAAGACGGAACUGUAACCUUGGAUGAGUUUCUCAAUUAUUAUUCAGGCGUUAGUGCAUCAAUAGACAGCGAUGCAUAUUUUGAUCUCAUGAUGAGAAACGCCUACAAACUCAACGGUGGAGACAGAAGAAUGCAUACGAUACUAUCUUGGACACCAAACACACUAACCAAUCACCAGAGACUUGGACUGACACCACGACUGCACAUGCGCUGUGGAUUUAAACUUGCGAGGCAAUCAAGAAUAUUUUACUAUGGCAGCGCGCCAAGCAUUAUCAUGRCUAGUAAAACAAGCCAUCCGAUUGAGAAAGUAAGAGCAGCAUGCGCCAGAAGAGGUGCAAGUGGGAUCAAAGGAUUGGGCAGAACGUUCAAGAUAUUUGAUGAUGACAGAAGCCGAAGCUUGAAUAUUAGUGAAUUUGAAAAGGGUCUUCAAAACUAUGGGAUUGAACUYUCAAAGGAGGAAAUACGACAACUAUUUGAUGAGUUUGACACAGAUGGAAGUGGAACCCUAAAUUUUGAUGAAUUUCUUAACCACGUCAGGCCACCAAUGAGUGAAACCCGAAUAAACUUGAUCAAAAAAGCAUUUCAAAAGAUUGACAAGACAGGGGAUGGUACCAUCACUGUUGAAGAUCUGACAAAUGUUUAUAAAGUGGAACACCAUCCAAAGUACAAAAGUGGUGAAUAUACAAAAAAAGAAUGCCUUCAAGAGUUUCUUAAUAGCUUCCAACCUGGCGACGAUAAGGAUGAGAAGGUUACCUGGAAAGAGUUCCUGAACUACUAUGCUGGUGUCAGUGCAAGCAUCGAUGAAGAUGUCUACUUCGACUUGAUGAUGAGACAAGCAUGGAAGAUCUGAAAUAAAUUCUUUUAAUGACAUUUUUAAAUUUUCAACUUUUAAAAUGUUAGUGACCUGAGUAUCAGGCUCUCGGGGGAGGCCUGAUACUCAGGUUAAAAUGUUAGUGACUGUAUAAUUAUUGUAUGUGCAUCUAUAAAGAUGCUUGUCAAGGUGUAGUUCACCAUGUUCAAGUAUCCACAUAUAUGAUGGAAGUUGUAGUAUUGUAGAUAUCAAUAUAGUUAAUAACAAUGUUCAAAUUGAUAAUUAAUACCAAAAAAAAAAUCAAUUAAGCUGCCAUAAGCUUCCAUAACACUUCAAAUUAAUUCAUUUAGUAUUUAAUUUAGUAAUAACUGUUUCUACAUGUAGUUAGAAACUUUAGAUAAGUAAUCAUUUUGCACUUUUAAUUUUAGGAAUUUUACAUAUUUAAUAAUUKGACCUAGAAUGUAUUUAAAUAAUGCAAUACUAGUAUUUACAUUAUAUUUAAUGUAGUUUUUCACAGGGCAAAAUGUAUCAUUAAAAUUUAUGAAU